AUGACACAACCGAUGCAAAACCUACAGCUCUCCCAGUCCAAAAGGACCAGCGCCCCAUCCUCUCCUAACGCGGCUAAACGACUGUACCGCAAUCUGUCCGAAAAAUUAAAAGGAAGUCAUUCUUCAUUUGAUGAAGCCUACUUCAGAGCAAGAGCUGAUCGGUUUAGAAAGCCCUCAGUUAAUUUUCAGUGCAAUGAAGCUGUGUUUGAAGCCGUGGAACAGCAGGACCUUGAAGCAGUUCAGAUUCUCCUCUAUCAGUACACAGCAGAAGAAUUGGAUUUAAACACGCCUAAUAGUGAAGGAUUAACACCGCUGGAUAUUGCCAUCAUGACAAAUAAUGUGCCUAUUGCAAGAACUCUUCUGAAGGCUGGGGCCAGAGAGAGCCCACACUUUGUCAGUAUGGAGAGCAGAUCGCUGCACCUUAGCUCUCUGGUGGAGGAAGCUCAGCAGAGGAUCGGUGAACUAACUAUCAAGUUACAGAGUGAGGGUCUGGGACUGGACACCGUUGAGAAGGAGAAGCAGCUGAAGUCUUGGGAGUGGAGAUACCGUCUGUAUAAGAGAAUGAAGACUGGUUAUGAGCAUGCAAGAGCUCCUGAGGCCCCAACCAAUGUCUGUCUCAUAAUCACAAGUAGCACAUCAAUCACAGUCAGUUUCCAAGAGCCACUGAGUGUCAAUUCAGCUGUGGUCACCAAAUACAAAGCUGAGUGGAGCGCUUCUUCAGAUUUUUCUUCCAUCGCUGGAGAAAUAAUAGUGGAUAAUCUCCAGUCUUUGAAAUGUACUAUCACAGGCCUCACGAUGGGGCAGGUGUACUAUGUUCAAGUGUCUGCGUACAAUAUGAAAGGUUGGGGACCUGCAGAAAUCUCUAACCCUCCUGGUGCUGCUCCUUCCAACUGGAAAGACUAUGAUGGCCGCGAUGUUAAGCACAAGGGACAGACUGAGGCACUUGAACGUCUGCUUCAGCAGGUUCGAACCAUACAUCAGCAUUACAGCUGCCGAGAAAGUGUGAAAACACAAAAUCCAAGUCGCAAGCAGUCUGUGUCCAGAAGCUUGAAACAUCUUUUCCAUUCGUCAAACAAAUUUGUUAAAACUUUAAAAAGGGGUCUCUACCUAGCGGUUAUAUUUUAUUACAAGGACAAUAUGUUGGUAACCAAUGAAGAUCACGUACCGAUUGUAGAAAUUGAUGACUCUUGUACCAGCUCUAUUACACAAGAUUUUCUAUGGUUUACUAAGCUGUCGUGCAUGUGGGACGAUAUCAGGUGGCUAAGACAGAGUAUGUCAAUAUCUAUGUCAUCAUCAACUGUGCUUCAGGCCAGGCAGAAGAUGCUGGCAGCUGCCGCCCAGCUUCAGAAUUUACUUGGCACUCAUAACCUAGGAAGAGUUUAUUACGAACCCAUAAAGGACAGACAUGGAAACGUCUUAAUAGUUUCAAUCAGAGAAGUAGAAACGUUAUAUUCUUUUUUUAAUGGCAAAUGGAUGCAAAUCUCAAAGCUACAGAGUCAGAGGAAAUCCCUUUCAACUCCUGAAGAACCAACUGCUCUGGAUAUCUUACUCAUAACAAUUCAGGACAUUUUGACUUAUCAGAGACGGAGCCAGCAGCGACUGAUUCCCGGCUUGUACCUGGGCUACUUGAAACUCUGCAGUUCUGUUGAUCAGAUCAAAGUACUUGUUUCUCAGAGACUUCCCAAUAUGUUGUGUCAUGUAAAAAUCCGGGACAACGGCAAUGUUUCCAAAGAUGAAUGGGAAUGGAUUCAAAGUCUAUCUGGAUCCGAGUGUACUGAUAAAAGGGAUCUUUCUGUGGAUUUCUAUACUGAUUUGUUACUUGGUGACCUCCAGAUUGCAGUUAAAGCCCUUCUGAAGCAAAUUAAUCUACCUCUACACCAGGCCAAACACUUCCGUCUAUACACGCAGGAGGUGUUGGAGCUGGGUCACAAUGUCUCCUUUCUUCUGCUGCUCCCAGCCUCCGACGAUGUCUGCAGUGCUCCUGGACAGAGUAACCCUUACACGUUACACUCAGGAUUCCUUAACCUGCCCUUACAGAUGUUUGAGCUAGGGCACUUUUGCAGCUACAAAGAGAAGUUCAUUAGCUUGUAUUGUCGUCUGUCUGCUAUAUUAGAGCUGGACUCCUUAAUUUCCCAGCAGUCUUUGAGAGAAGCAAUCACAGAUGAUGAAGUUGGAGCAGCUAAGCAGAGACACCAGCAAGUGUUGGACUAUAUCCAGCAAACUGAUGAGGUUUGGCGAGAAAUUAGAUGGAUUAUGGAUGCGCUUCAGUAUGCAAGAUAUAAGCAGCCUGUGGCCGGUUUGCCAAUCACAAAGUUUUUGGACCUCUCUGAAGAGCAAAAUCAAAAAAAGAACAAUUCAACAUCAUCUCAUAUAGACUGUUUACCAUCCCCAUCUCCAUCACCAGAAAUGCAUCGAAGAAAAUUAAUGAGCGAUUCACAAACUUGCUCAGAUGAAGAAGGCUGUUCUGAGGUGUUCCUUCCAACAGACAGCGACUAUGAUUCCAGUGAUGCAUUGAGCCCGAGAGAGUUGGAUUUAGUUUACUCAUCCUCUCAAGACAUCUCCCAGCAGACACUGUCAGGCCUAAGUGGAAGUGCUCCUGAUGUCUUACAGGUGCAUGACAUGAAGCCUUGUUUAACCUUAAAGGAAGAAUGCAGCGGUUUGGACUCUAGCACUGAAUACUGUACCAGGUAUAUGGACAACCUGUCUGUAAUGGGUUUCCCUUCAAAAAGCAUGGACAAAAGUUCAACCUCAAAACAACAUUUGAGUAUAUUAGGGAAGAAGAGAUCUGGAAAACACCAGCAUUGUAAUUACUUCAGUCGACAUAAUCGAUGGCUUCGAGUACAUAGUGAAUCUCAGUCUUUGUCACUUUCGGAAGGAGUCUACACUCAACACAUGUCUAGAGCAGUAGAUUUUAAUGAAGAACCUACUUCUGGUCAACAGAUAACCAUCCCAGUGGAUGGCACUCGAAGUUCUUUCUUACCUCAUGCUUCUAGUCUGCCUGAAGAGGGCAAAUUCAAAUACAAUGAAUCAAAGACAAAUGUGCGUAGAAUUUUUGUUGAGCCUUAUAAACAGAUAUCUGAAGAGGAGAAAAAAAUGUGGACUAUAAACAUUGAUGCAUCCCAUUCACCAGCCAAGGAACCUAGCUUACAGGCCAUUGCAGGGCAGGAAUUAGAUGCAGAUGAGAAGACAAAUUUACAACUAUCAGAAGUAUUUAGUAGCACUCUAUAA